GGUUCGUGGUGGAAAGGACUGCAUCCUCAGGCUGCUUGUUAAUCUCCACUAACUGGCUUAGUGUCAAAGGCUGAUAGAAUCAGCUGCCGUUUGUGGAUGCUGCUCAGGCAAGGCUGGAACUCCUCACCAGCCCUCAGCGCUAAAAAGUGAUUCAUAUGAUUUGCAGAACAGAGCACCGUUAACGUGGGAAUAGCAGGGUGACCAACAGGGACAUUAUAUGUGUGGAUCGGAGCCUGUAGUAUCCCAGUACCUCAUCGGACACUGAACGCUGAAGCUGAGAACUGCAGCAAAAAAAUCAAUUAACUGUGGAAGACAAAUCAAAAAAGAAAUAUCUGCAGCGGUAAAAUGGCAGAGCAAGAAAUUGAGGACUUUGACGCUGACAGUGUGUCAGACACAGCCUGCAUGCUCAAUCAUGUUCACCCUCCACCGUACAGCAUCGAUGACCAGCCAUGGCCUUUGGAAGCACGCAGCAUGUGCGGGUUCUGGGGAUGGGCUUUCCUUGUCACUGCUUUUAACUUUCUGUUGUUCCUCCUAAACUUUGUUCUCAUGGGCACUGUGUUUUGCAUUGUGCUGCUGCCCACUAUCGUGGUGGUGUACUUUGGGUUUCAGUGUCACUCCAGGGUUAUUCAUUCUGAUGCCUAUUACUGUAAAACUAUCCUCGACGAUAACAGUUCCUCCGCCCUCAUCAUUCUUGGUUUUGUCCUAAUGUCUCCCCUGAUUGUUAUUGCCAUGGUGACCUACUGUAGCGUGGCACGCCGUCUGCGUCUCUUCCUUUGCUUCCUACCUUACUCCCGAGCCAUCUACAAAGGGAUGAAGUGGACUGGGCAUGACAACCCUAGUUUUUGUUGCUGUGGAAAAGAAUGGGACAGCAAUUUGAAGGCUUGGGUUUGAUCAAGUUUGAAGAUACUUUGUAUGUACUGCAGCCUGUUACUGCGUUUGCAACAUAAUUGUGUGCUCCAUGUUCUGUUUCCUGCAUUGUGAAAUUAUUGACAGUUACAUUUUUGUAUUAAGAUCAAAGGAGUGAUUGCUGGGAAUACAUACCAGGUCCCCCUGCAGUGGUAAAAGGAUGAAAAGGAUUGAUGGCUUGGGUUGAGAGGUAUCAGAGUUAAGAUAUCAUUCUGAGAUGUUGUGUAGUUCCAACUAUGACAGCUUUCCCCCGUCUAUUUUUAAUCCUAUAAUUUUAAGUAGAAAAUGUUUAUUUAUUCUGGUCUCUUUCAAGUCAAGUAGCCUCAUGCAUUUUCAAUUAGUUUUACGAGCUUUGCCUACAUUAUACACAUCUACAUGCGAUGUUUGUGCAUCUGAAUGUGUUAAGCUCCUGAUGUAAACACGCCACACAGUAAUGACAUCCCCCCUCCCGUUGAGAUACUGCAGCGCUAACACUCGUGGGAGGUUUCUCUGCAUUAUCUAGCGUGGGUUUGUCACUGAUUACAGCAAAAGGCCCAAUCACUGGGAGGGAAGCUUCCAAGGAAGCUGAAAGGAAGCAUGCCUGUUUCUCUUGGACCACAAGCCAUGCUGGACAAGGAUUAAACUAUUUCAUGGACCAGUUCUUGCCUUACUGCCAGAUUAUAUUUAAAGUGGAGGGAGAAAUCUGAGUUACAUGUUUAAAUGAGCAUGCCACAUCUGGGAGCAGACUGAUUAACCAUCAUUGUCAAAAAUAUCACUGGGCAGAUUCAUGAAUGGGGUUUGUUUGUUGAUUUAUUGUUGUCACAUGUGCUGAGAUAUAGAGAAAUGGGUUGUUUUGUGUACUACAUAGGCAGAUCGCACCAUUAAAAGUGCAUCAGGGUAACAGACCGGUGUUACAGAGGAGCUGCAGACAGAAAGAUGUAGAUUUAAGAUUUUUUAUGAAUUAUUCCAUCCCACUCAAAGCUUCCCAUUUCUUGUAGGCUCAGUAGGUUAAACCCCCCUAAUUAGGAGCAACAUGAUAAAUGAGUGGUAAAUGACAUGAUUCUGCAGACUUUUUUUUCUUUUUUCUUAAAUGUGGCUGUCACCAGCAAGGCCUGAAUUUGUUGCCCAUUGGUAAUUGGCCAUGAACUAAGAGGCUUAAAGUGAAGGGUAAACCUCACUGCUGUGGAUCUGGAGGUAGGUCAGGCCAGGUAAGGAAAGCAGGCAUCCUUCCUUAAAGGAUUUAUAUGCGUCAGAUGGAGUUUUCCAACUUUCAGGGUAGUUUUUUUAUUAAACUUUAAUUGCAGAUAUAUUAAUUGAAUCAAAUCCCAGCUAUGGGAUUUAGACUCACACUCCAAGACCAUUAGCCUGGGCCAUGAGUUUAUUAAUCCUGUGACAUUAUCACCACACCACUGUCUCCCCUCAGCUCAUGCCUGUUGUUCAUCAGUAGAUCCUUGAUUUCUGCUAUUAUUUCAUGCACUGAACCACUUUCAUCAAUUAGAAAGUAGCAGUCCCAAUUUCCCAUUAACAGCCAUCAUCAAAAUACAUAAUAAGAACCGAAAGAACUGCAGAUGCAAAACAGAAAAAGGUUUAGAAAUUGCUGGGUCACUUGACCUGAAAUGUUAACUCUGAUUUCACUCCACAGAUGCUGCCAGACCUCCUAGCUUUUCCAGCAAUUUCUGUUAAUGCUGAGAGUACUGUUAAUUGGCUGUGGGGCAAUGACCCACUGUUUUACUCUGGGUCAGAACAGCUAAAAUACAGUGUUUGAAAAAUAGCCUGAAGGAAAAUUCCACAAAAAGAAAUAUCUACAAGAACAUUGCAUUUAAAGUGACAAAAUAGGAUUUCAGGAAAAUGAUUUCACCCCACAAAGUCCUUUAAAAUCUAGAUUGAUUAUCUUAACAUCAAUUGUUCAUUACCAAAUCCGGAGUUCCCUGACCAUUUUCCUAAGUACCAUUGAAAUGAGAAUGAGAGAGUAGAACUUGCUGUUUAGUUCAACACACUUCAAAUACAGGAUGGCUGGCAAAGGAAGAAAGCAUUGUGCAAUUGUUGUCAAAUUAAUAAACAGGGGAAGGGUUUCUUUUCGAUGCAAAGUUAACAACUUCUAAAUCUGUUGUCUGGGUUGCUUUGAGGAUAUUAUUAUAUAUAUAUCCAAACAGCCCCAGCAUGUAAAUUCUGGUCUGUAUUUACAACUCAUGACCCUUAAGAGUGUGUGAGUGUAAAUCCCAUCUGAGGAGAAAUAUUAUGGGAGGGCAAAUAUUGAGAACUUAAGCGAUUCACUUUACCUUUGUGCCUCAAUCAAUUCAGGAAUAGAGAAGCAAGAAGCAUGGUUUUCAAUGAUGGACUCAUUCCCUGUGUUGUUGAAAGCAUGGUGUUGUUUGCCUGCAGUGCCCCUGAAUAUCAAUAUUUGGUUUGUAUCUUUGCUGAUGCUUUGACAUGAUUGUGAAAACCAGUGUCCUAAUCCUCAGUUAAUACUGAAGUGUAAAUAACAGUUAAUAUAUGCUGCUUGUUUGUUCAGAUAUCUUCUGAAAUGCCUGAAGUAAUGUUCAACCAGAAUAAUUUUGCCAUCAUUGUCUGUCAUAUCUAAUAACAUGAUCAUUUUAAUUCUUUGCUUGCACCAAAACAACCUGUUUCAGGUUGGACAGCAUGCGAGCACAAAAUUGACAAAAUGCAAACUGUUAAAAAUAAUUAACUUGUAAAAAUGCUAAAUGAAUAAAUA